AUGCGUUUUUCGACAGGUACAAGAGUCGCGGCCCUCGCCAGCGUCUGGCUGAGCUUUACCUCCGCACUGCCUGGCCUCGGCCACGACAACGACGAUGUCAUCACUCGAGAUGUCGCCAUCAUUGGUGGCGGAGCAUCGGGGACUUAUGCGGCCAUCCGUCUACGGGAACUUGGCCGGAGCGUCGCCCUUAUCGAGCAAAGAGACGAGCUAGGCGGUCAUACACACACAUACUACGAUGCUGCUGCCCCAAUCGAUUAUGGCGUGUGGAUCUACACAAACAACACCGAUAUGGAGCGCUUCUUCGCGCACUUCAACAUUCCCUUGGUAGCAGAGAUCUUGAACGGUGACCCUGCGUAUACUCGGCGGUAUGAUUUCCGCACGGGAGAGGCUGUCGCUGCGCUAGGUGGUAAUAUCAUCGACGCCCUGACGCGGUAUGUUGGUAUAUUGCUACAGCAUCCCUAUCUUGCGGGCGGAUUCGACCUACCCGAUCCCGUCCCGGAGGAUUUGCUGCUGUCGUUUGGAGAUCUUAUCGAGAAAUAUGAUCUCGGGGCGGCGGUAGAUAUGAUCACACAGUUUGACCAGGGAUUCGCCGAGAACAUACUCGAUUACCCUUCGAUUUACAUCUUGAAAUAUCUGGAUUUGGCCGUGAUCCAGGGCAUACAGUUUGGAUUCUCCAGACCCGCAAGCCGCGCCAACCAAGAUCUAUACAAGGCCGCUGAAGCGGAGCUCGGUGAAGAUGCCCUGCUUGGGAGCACAGUAGCCAGAAUUCAGCGUCAAGACGAUAAAGGCACCAGUGCUCAUCACAAAGACACCAAUGCUCAUCAUAAAGGCACCAGUGCUCAUCACAUCGUCGUUGACACCCCGUCAGGAAAGCAACGCAUCAUAGCCAACAAAGUCAUCGUCGCCAUCCCGCCGCUGCUGGAAAACUUGGACGGUUUCGACCUUGACGACCGCGAAUCGGACAUCUUCAGCCGAUUCCAAUACAGCUCCUACUACGGAAGCGUGGUCAACGUCACCGGUCUCCCGCGUCAAUUGCAGAUCUUCAACAAGGCAACCGAUACCCCGUACCACGUGGCGGACCUUCCCGGCACAUUCACCUUCAACCCCACGGCCGUCGAGGGCAUCCACACUGGAUUCUUCGGAGGCGGCGCGGGGUCUCUGCCCGAAGACCAGGCGCGCCAAGGUAUAAUCGACAACCUCCUGGCGCUGCGCAAUGCAGGGUAUCCUGUGUCCGAACCGGAGAUAAUAGCUCUUCGCAGCCAUACCCCCUUCGGGCUGCAUGUUUCUGCAGAAGAGAUUGCGGGCGGGUUCUACCGGGACUUGUAUGGACUGCAGGGAUACCGCGGGAUGUAUUACACGGGGGCUGCGUUUCAUGCUCAUAAUUCUGCGGAGCUGUGGGAGUUCACGGAGCGGGUGUUGCAGGAGCAUGUGCUGGUGGACUAG